CGUGCAAUAGCCAAGCUUGUCCAAUAGGCUAGAGUCUUCUGGAAAACUUCAGAUGGUAUCCAGAAAAAAGAUGAACUCAGUCAAGCAAGACUGGUCAUAUUGAAAACAACACAACAAAAUGUGUACAAAGAGGAAAUGAAAAGCCUAGAAAAGGGUGAAGAGUUGUCUCGACACAGUCCGCUCAAGAGUUUGGACCCCAUCCUUGACGAUGAAGGAUUGCUGAGAGUCGGAGGUCGGAAUUCAUCAGCAGACAUGACCUGGGAAGAAAAGCAUCCGAUCAUUCUUCCAAAAGACAAUCACAUAUCUACCUUGUUGGUACGAUACUACCACGAACAAGUGGCCCAUCAAGGCAGACACUUCACUGAAGGCGCAGUUCGGACAGCUGGACUGUGGAUAACAGGAAGUAAGAGACUUGUGUCAAGUGUGAUAAACAAAUGCGUCACCUGCAAAAGAAUGAGAGGAAAGCUUGAAGAACAGAAAAUGUCUAACUUACCUGCGGAUAGACUUACCUUGAAUCCUCCUUUCACGAACGUUGGACUUGACGUCUUUGGGCCUUGGACCAUCUUAGCGCGCAGGACAAGAGGUGGAUAUGCAGAGAAUAAACGCUGGGCAGUCAUGUUCACCUGUCUGAGUACACGAGCGGUACACAUCGAGCUCAUAGAGACAAUGUCAACCUCCAGUUUCAUUAAUUCCUUAAGGAGAUUCACCGCCAUCAGAGGGCCUGUGAGACUUCUGCGUUCCGAUCAAGGCACAAACUUUAUUGGAGCUUGCAGAGAACUGCAAAUAAACUCUGAAGACACUGAGUUGAAAGCUCACUUACAGGACAAAGGCUGUACCUGGAUAUUCAAUCCACCACAUUCCUCUCAUAUGGGAGGUGUGUGGGAAAGGAUGAUCGGCAUUGCACGCCGCAUUUUGGAUGCUAUGUUGCUUAAGGACAACUGUCGCCUCUCCCACGAGGUACUUGUGACACUCAUGAGUGAAAUCAUGGCAAUCAUGAAUGCAAGGCCUCUAGUUCCAGUAUCGUCUGAUCCUGACAUGCCAGCAGUUCUCACGCCCGCAAUGUUGCUUACUCAAAAGACUGAUCCAGUAUCUGCUCCUCUAGGGAACAUGGAUCUGAAAGAUCUCUAUAACAAGCAAUGGAGGCAAGUUCAAAGUCUAGCCGAAACUUUCUGGAAACGUUGGAGACAAGAGUACUUGACGACCCUUCAGCCCCGCAAGAAGUGGAAGUCAGAAAGACCAAACUUGCAAGUAGGCGAUAUGGUACUUCUCAAAGACACUCAAGUAAAGAGGAAUGAGUGGCCCACCGGCAUCAUUGAGGAAACCUUCCCCAGCCGUCACGGAAGGAUUCGAAAAGUGAAUGUGAAGAUCAUCAAACAGGGUACCCCUAAGGUUUAUUCCAGACCCGUUUCAGAGGUCGUACUGCUCCUCAGUAAAAAGACAUAGUGGUAUCUUAAAAUACCAGACGGGAAGUGUUAUGCCCCACAAUGUUAUUGUCUAAGACACCUAGUGGUGGAAAUCAGUUUUGCAGUUUGUGUUCUAAUUUGACCCUCCUGUCUUGCCGUAGCCAGCUUAGUGUGGGUGUGUUUCAGAGAGCAGUAGAGAACAGUUGAGAGCAGAUGUCAAACAAACAGGAUGUACUGCAAGCUUUAAGCUUUCUUUUCGACUUUGAAGACUUUGAAGGUCUAAACCUGCCAUGUCCCAAGAAGGGACAGAGCCGCCUCUACUUCCUCAGGAGGCUAGGAUCCUUCAACGUCUUUACAAAGAUGAUGAAGAUGUUCUACGAGUCGGUGGUGGCGGGCGCCUUCUUGUACGCCAUGGCCUGCUGGGGCAGCGGGCUGAGAGCGAGGUAUGCAAACAGACUGGACAAGUUGGUAGAGAAGGCCAGUAUCGUGGUGGGAGUGGAGCUAGACUCUCUGGCGGUGGUGUCAGAGAGGAGAAGUCUAGCAAAACUCCUAGCCAUUAUGGACAACACCUCCCACCCACUACACUCGGACCUUGCGGAGAGAAUGAGCACGUUCAGUGGAAGGCUCAGACUCCCAAAAUGCAACACGGAACGACACAGGAGGUCCUUCAUACCGACAACCAUCAGACUGUAUAAUGCAUAUUUUCCUUCUUGACUGCACAUAAAUGUAGAGUAUAUGUAGUAUAUAUUUAUAUUAUUUUUUAUUAUAUAUAUAAUAUAUUACAUAUAUUAUAUUAUUUAUUAUU